UUCAUCAACAAGGAGACAUCUUAGAGAAACACAUCAAAAUCACCUUCAAAAACCAAUCACUUUUUAUGUGAAUAUGAGCAGAAUAGCGGGUGCAUUACGGAGGACGUUUGGAGUGGUCCGGGAGCACGUCGGGACGGAUCAUUUUGGGAAUAAAUACUAUGUUGUUCCAGAACAGAAGACAUGGACAGGGAGAGUGGUACGAGCCAAGCGAAUGGUGGAGGCAGCAAAUCCCUCAGAAUUUGAGUACAUAGAAGGCAGCAUUCCCAUAGAGUGGGAUGCGUGGAUACGAGGCAGACGGAAGGAGCCCCCAUCCAAAGAGGAGCUGAUGAAGAACAUUUCGUACAGAGAGCAGAUCAAGCAGAAGGCACAGGAGGUGGAGGAGAGGGACCAGGUGUUACUGGAGAAGGAGUACGGGGCGGGGCCAGUGGCCAUGCCCCGAACUGUUGCUAAGGGACACGCUUCGGCCGCCAGCUUCGGACAAGAGACCAUUAGUGAAGAACCAACCAGCACCGCAAACACCUUUCAGCCCGGCUCCUGGAUGCCCAACACCAAGAAAUGAACUCACACAUGCUGCAGACUGCUGGGGUUCCACAGGUGUCUGAAUUAUGAAAAAUUAGGACUGUUGCAAUAGUGAUUAACCAUUUAAAUCUGAAUAUGAUGUCUCUUGAAUGGUAGAAGUCCUCACAAUGUUGCAUAUAACCCACGAAUAGGUUGCGUUCACACGACAUUACAAAACAGCAAGAGGCAGUAGUUUAAAAUGAAGACAGCCAGGUUAAUAUCCAGGUCAAAACAUCUGCACAACAUAUAUGUUAAUAUCUCUAUAAUUACAGAUAUGACAUAAUAUGAAAUGUGUGGAGCCAACCAUAGAGAAAUGAGGUUCACCAUAUGUGGAUUCUGUGUUCUGUUUAUUUCUUUCAAACAAUUAAUGGCCCACAGAGUUAUAUAGACUGUUUUGUUGUUAUGUUCUCC